CCUCGCACGAACACCCUAGAACCCGGCCGUCCCAACCCCGUGUUCACUCAGAGAGUCACGAUUCCCAAAUCAUCCAACUCGUUCUUCUUUCCGAUGACGAUCCAUGAAAGUCUUUAAUUUUUUUCGUAUCAAUUCCUGGAAUAUAUGACAAACACUGUCAAACGUUACUCAAAUUGAAACACCCAAUAUCCACCGAUAGGAUCAGAAUCAGCUAAAAUUUUCUGUGACUAUUGGUUUUGACUUCUUAAAUAUGUUCAGUCUUUCGAUUCAGUAUGACAUAACAUAAUCAUGUAUUACCGAGUAGGACUACCGAGUAUCUUUUGGUUUAUCUCCUUCUACUGGAAAUUAUUGCCGUGAAAUCAGCUGCAGCGCAUCACAAGGAAUGGUUUGAAGAUGGCAUCACUUCGCUCAGCUGGACAUGUAGACCCUGGGUGGGAGCACGGUGUUGCUCAAGAUGAGAGAAAGAAGAAGGUCGGAUGUAAUUACUGUGGAAAAGUAGUUAGCGGUGGGAUAUACAGAUUGAAGCAACAUCUAGCUCGGAUUUCAGGAGAAGUAACAUAUUGCGACAAAGCUCCAGAGGAGGUGUGCCAGAAAAUGAGAGAAAAUCUAGAAGGGAGUCGUUUCGGUAAAAAGGCAAGGCAAAUUGAGUACGAUGAACAAUCAUUUAUGAAUUUUCACGCCAAUGAUGAUGUGGAGGAGGAAGUGCAUUCUGGAUAUAGGAAUAAAGGUAAGCAAUUGGUAAGUGACAAGGGUUUAGUGAUAAAUAUGACUCCUCUUCGUUCAUUAGGAUAUGUUGACCCUGGGUGGGAACACGGUGUUCCUCAGGAUGACAGGAAGAAAAAGGUGAAAUGCAAUUACUGUGACAAGAUAGUGAGUGGUGGUAUUAAUCGGUUCAAGCAACAUCUUGCUAGAAUACCGGGAGAAGUUUCUCCUUGUAAGAGUGCACCUGAGGAAGUUUAUGUCAAAAUGAAAGAAAAUAUGAAAUGGCAUCGUACAGGAAGGAGGCAUGGACGACCUGGUACCAAGGAGAUAUCAUCCUUUUAUGUGAACUCAGAAAAUGAAGAUGAGGAAGACGAAGAGGAAGAAGAAAAAGAAGAAAUGCAUCAUUUGGGCAGUGAUAAACUUUUGCUUGGGGAUAAAAGAUAUCGCAGAGAUUUGAAAAGAAGUUUCAAAGGGAUCUGCCAGGGUAAUGGCCCUGAACCAUCACCGAAAAGGCCAAGGUUUGAUGCUAAUAUUCUGAUGUCACCCAAGAGUCAGAUACAAGCAUCUGGCAAACAAAUGAAAACAAGUUCCUCCAGCAGAUCACGGAGAGAGGUCACUUCUGCUAUUUGCAAGUUCUUCUAUCAUGCAGGAGUCCCUUUACAUGCAGCCAACUCCCCUUAUUUUCAUAAAAUGCUAGAUUUGGUUGGUCAGCACGGGCCUGGUUUAGUGGGACCAUCAAGCCAAUUGUUAUCUGGUCGGUUCUUGCAGGAUGAGCUUUUGACCAUCAAAAACUACCUUGCUGAAUACCAGUCUUCCUGGGCGGUUACCGGGUGUUCCAUUUUGGCAGAUAGUUGGCAAGAUAUGCAGGGUAGGACAUUGAUCAAUGUUUUAGUUUCGUGCCCCCGUGGUGUAUAUUUUGUUUGUUCAGUUGAUGCCACUGGUGUUGCUGAUGAUGCAGAAUAUUUGUUUAAAAUGCUUGACAGAGUGGUUGAGGAGACGGGUGAGGAAAAUGUCGUGCAGGUAAUCACCGAAAAUACACCCAGUUAUCGGGAGGCUGGGAAGAUGCUUGAAGACAAGAGAAUGAAUUUAUUUUGGACUCCUUGUGCUGCCUUUUGUAUUGAUCGCAUGCUUGAAGAUUUUAUGAAAAUUAAUCGAGUGCGAGAAUGCAUAGAGAAAGGCCAAAAAGUUACGAAGUUUAUUUACAAUAGGAUCUGGUUGUUGAAUCUGAUGAAAAAGGAAUUUACUGGAGGUGAGGAAGUUUUGAGGCCAUCUGUUACUCGAUAUGCGUCAAGUUUUACUACUUUGCAAAGUUUGCUCGAUCAUAGGAUUGGUCUUCGAAGAAUGUUUCAGUCAAAUAAAUGGCUUUCAUCUAGGUUUUCAAAAUUGGACGUGGGUAAGGAGGUGAAAAACAUUGUGCUGGAUUCCUCAUUUUGGAGGAAGGUACAGUAUGUUAGGAGAUCAGUUGACCCUAUUGUGGAAGUGCUACAAAAAAUCAAUGGUGAUGAGAGCCUUUCGAUGCCAUUCAUCUACAAUGACAUGUACAGGGCAAAGCUUGCAAUUAAAACCAAUCAUAAUGAUGAUGCACGCAAGUAUGGACCCUUUUGGAGUGUGAUUGACAAUCACUGGAGUUCAUUAUUUCACCACCCUCUCUAUCUGGCUGCUUACUUUCUCAAUCCAUCAUACCGCUAUCGUCCGGAAUUUGUGCCGCAUCCUGAUGUUGUACGUGGACUGAAUGCAUGCAUUGUUCGACUGGAACCAGACAGUACAAGAAGGAUUUCUGCAUCUAUGCAGAUUUCUGACUUUGGCUCUGCAAAAGCUGAUUUUGGAACUGACUUGGCAAUUAGUACCAGAUCAGAGCUUGAUCCAGCUGCAUGGUGGCAGCAACAUGGGAUAAAUUCUUUGGAGCUGCAAAAGAUAGCUGUACGUAUACUAAGCCAAACCUGUUCAUCUUUUGGGUGUGAGCACAAUUGGAGUAUACAUGAUCAGAUCUAUGGCCAAAGGCAUAACCGUUUAGCACAGAAAAAAUUGAAUGAAGUUAUCUAUGUGCACUACAACUUGCGACUUAGGGAACGCCAGAUAAGGAAACGGUCAUGUGACUUAGUGGCCUCUGACUGUGUUCUACAAGAGAGUUUACUGUAUGACUGGAUUGUGGAGACAGAGAAACAAGCCUUGCAAGAAGAUGAGGAAAUCCUUUAUAGCGAAAUGGAGCUAGGGGAAGCAUACGAGACAGAUUUAAUGGAUUAUGAAGACGGGAUUGCAGUCGAACCUUUGGAAAUUUACCCGACUAUUACUGAUGCAGCCACCGACGACGACGACGACGAUGCCGAUCUCAAUUUUCUUGAUGACAAUGUAAGUGAUUAAUUACUUAACUGUCCAGUGACCUUGGAGCCUCCUUUCUUCCAAAAAUCAGUAAUCAGCAGUUGUACGUAUAUUUUUCUAGUGUCCAGUUUUGUAAAUGCUCAUUAAUCCCUCGACGAAUUGAGUUGAUACCAACACCCAGUUUUAAGUGAAAUGGAAAAAUGCUAUCAUGAAGAAAUAUUAGUAAUGCUACACUUGUAGAAAAAAAAUAAGAGAA